GUUGCAGAUGUUGGAAAUCUGUGCGGCUCGGAUUUCAGCUUAGCCAACGAUGUGGCUAGACCUUGAAACACUUUAAGGCAAUGGUUGAAAGUUGUAGUAGUUGACGAACGCCACGUAGACCAUUUGUGCUGGUUCACAAGUUCAAGAGUUGGGGGGAGCCAAAGUGAAAAACCUUUGGUGGAGUUUAACUGUCAAAAGACCGUCGAGUUCCUAAAGAAACAUGAAGUGCGUCGCUUCAUCAGCAGAUAACACUUUUUACACAUUUAUCUGUUCUUUGACUGCUCUCUUUCUUUAUUCCUUGUGCACGCUUUGCGAGGCCAGUAGUUUGGAUGAGGGGCUGUUGGUGACUACCAUAGCAACAGAAGAAAAUGAUGGGUUCAAGAGAUUUCUUAAGACAGCCCAACAAAAUGAUCUUGAUGUGAAGGUGUUUGGGUUGGGACAAGUGUGGGAUGGAGGAGACGUGAAGAUGUUCGCUGGGGGCGGUCACAAGGUCAACUUGUUGCGCAAGGGAUUAGAAGAGUACAAGGAUAGAUCAGAUUUGAUCAUCAUGUUUGUUGACAGCUAUGACCUCAUAUUUUUAAAUGGAGCGAAGGAAAUUUUAGACAAAUUCAAAAAGCUCAACAGCCGAGUUGUGUUUUCUGCAGAAGGUUUCUGCUGGCCAGACGCCAAUCUGAUGAACAAAUACCCAGUUGUGUCUCUGAAUGAAAAACGAUACCUGAACUCGGGAGGUUUUAUUGGAUAUGCAAAAGACAUAUACGAAAUUGUUUCCCAUGACGUCAUCAAAAAUCGUGAUGAUGAUCAACUGUACUACACGAAGAUUUACCUUGAUCCAGAACUGAGGAAAAAAUGGAGUAUAAGGUUGGACAAUAGAGGUGAAAUAUUUCAGAAUCUUAAUGGAGCUUUAGAUGAGAUUGUGGUAAAGUUCAAAGAACCAAAUAGCUACUUGUACAACAUCAAGACAGGAACAACCCCUAUCGUUGUCCAUGGCAACGGACCCAUUAAGGUGGAGUUUAACCGAAUGGCUGCAUAUUUGACAGAAGGCUGGACACCAACAGGGGGCUGUAAGCUAUGUAAAGAGGAUACCAUCAGCCUGGAGGGUUUGAAGGAAGAGGAUUUUCCCACUGUGAUGAUGGGAAUUUUCAUUGAGAGGCCGACCCCAUUCAUUACAGAGUUCUUCUGGAAUAUUGGAAAUCUGACAUAUCCCAAACAGAAGAUUGAUAUUAUUAUUCAUAAUGCUCAUGAAUAUCACAGAAAAGAUGUAGUAAAGUUCACCUUGGCCAACAAGGGAAAGUACAAUUCUGUACAGUUGAUCUCGCCUGACCAAGAAAUGACUGAGUGGAACGCCCGAAAUGCUGGCCUUGAUGAAUGCAUCAAGAGGGAUUGUCAGUACUACUUCUCCCUGGACUCAACUGUUCAGAUCACCAACACAGAAAUACUGGAAGUUUUGAUUGAACAGAACAGAACUGUCAUUGCCCCGAUGAUGGUGCGUCCCUUCAGGCUGUGGUCAAACUUCUGGGGCGCUCUGGACCCUGAAGGAUGGUAUUCUCGCUCAGAGGACUAUGUGGAUCUGGUGGAAUUUAAGAAAAAAGGACUAUGGAACGUUCCACAUGUGACACAGAUAUAUUUGAUUCAUGGUCACAUGGUACAGAAGAUCAAAGGGGCAUUCAUUAAUGGGAACCUGGAUGCAGAUAUGGCCUUCACAAAGACAAUUAGGGAUAUGGGUAACUUCAUGACCUUGACUAACCUUGAACAUUAUGGGCAUCUAGUCAACAAUGAUUAUUUUGACACCAGUCAUGUGCAUAAUGAGAUGUGGCAGAUUUUUGACAAUCCAUUUGACUGGGAGCUGCGAUAUCUCCACGAGAACUACACCCAAGCUCUGGACCCUAACACAACCCUUCUGCAGCCCUGCCCUGACGUGUACUGGUUCCCCAUCUUCACACCCGCCUUCACCUUGGCACUCAUAGAUGAAAUGGAAAACUUAGGAACAUGGUCGAAUGGCCAAAAUAGCGAUCCCCGAUUGGCUGGAGGCUAUGAAAAUGUGCCCACGAUUGACAUCCACAUGAAUCAGAUAGGCUAUGAGAGGGAAUGGUUGUACAUCAUACAGAAAUAUGUCUCCCCAAUCCAACAGAAAGCUUUUACAGGCUACUUCCACGAUUUGUAUCCUCAGCCUCCUACGUCUAUAAUGAACUUCGUGGUGCGAUACAAACCGGAUGAGCAGCCCAGCCUGAGACCGCAUCAUGACUCGUCCACCUACACCAUCAACCUGGCCCUCAACAGACCUGGCAUUGAUUACCAGGGAGGUGGGUGUCGGUUCAUUCGUUACAACUGUAGCGUCACGGCUUUGAGACAAGGCUGGAUGCUGAUGCAUCCUGGGAGGUUGACCCACUAUCACGAGGGAUUGAAAACGACAGCCGGCACUAGAUACAUCAUGAUUUCUUUUGUUGACCCUUAAUUCUCAUUACCUCUCUUUGUUUGAUCUCUCAUGUUGUAUUGUAACAGGUUACUUCAUCCUUAGUUGCCAUGGUGACAAGGGCCUACGGUGUGUGUCUUCUAGUUAUCUCCCUUUGUCUGAUCUCUGUUAUACUGUAACUGGUUACUUUAUAGAUCUGAAAUUUUAUGAUUGAAAAUGGUUGAUCAGUGAGUCAUGCCCAUUUCAACAAGAUUUAUGUGUAUAAAUGUAAAAAGAAGUGAAUGACUGAAUAGCUGUAUCAUUAUGCUCAUUAUUUACAAUUUGCGGAAAAACUGUUGAAAACUGUUCAUGUUUGUGAUUGAAGUUGAGAGCAUUGAGAGCAUUUUCACUCCUUAGAAAAGUACAUUUAUAUUAAAUUGUUCUGUGUUCUGUGAAAACGUGUUCCUUCAAAAUAGUCCCAGAUAAUGUUGAUUUGUGGUUGGUGUAGCUCACAUCGAAUAUGUGUUACUUGUGUUGUAGCUUUAACUUUGUUCAAGAUAGCUUAAGUGCUAUCCACUACAUGUAUGUUUGAAAAUGUCAAAAAAAUGUUUGAUUUGUUUCAUGUUUGAUGCCAGCCAUUUCUGACUCUGUAUUUGCCCUUGUGCACAUCUCCUCGAAUCGUACUGGUCUUAGCAAUAUUAUAACAUGAAAAAGAGAAUACUGAUUUCAUCUGUCACUUGAAAUCUAAUAUAUCAUGCUGGUGCUGUUGUUGUUAGAUAUAGGUUAUCAGAACUUUCACAAAUUGUUGAUGUAUGAAGUUAUGUCGUAAUGUUGAAGAUGUUUGACCUUCCUCCCACGUUGGCUGUCCGUCUGUCUGUUCUAUUUGUAUUAAGAUUUUAUAACAUCUGGAUUUUUAGAGAUAUAAUUUUGUGUAUGAACUAUGGUCAGUAACUGAAGAAUUCUAUGUUUGUUUUUAAUUCAGAAUGGAAUUAACGAGUUGC